AUGACCAUUAACCGCCGAGUUAUGACUGUCGUUGGGGCCACAGGUAAACAGGGGGGAUCCGUGGCCCGAUCACUUCUACAAAACGCAGACUUUGAGGUUCGAUGUCUCACACGGGAUGCUGGGUCGUCAAAAGCUGAGGCACUCCGAUCCUUGGGAGCAGAAGUUGUCCAAGUUGAUGGGUUCAAUGAGGCUGAAACGCAAAAGGCCAUUGCAGGCAGCUGGGGUAUUUUCAUCAACAAUGGCUACACCAACUCGCCCACUGUCCGAGAUGGCCGAUACGACCUGGACUUUGGAAACUGCAUACUUCGCAGUGCAGCAGCAGCAGGGAUCCAACAUGUAGUGUUUAGCUCCCAGCCCUCCGCGGAGAGUCUCACGAAUGGAGCCAUUCGCACCCCAAUCUUAGACGUCAAAGCCUACGGGGAUUCAUGGGGGCGGGCAAAUCCAGCAUUCACGACCUUUACCCCCAUCAUGUCAUCCUGGUAUCUGGAGGAUUUCCUGAUGCCCUCAUUCUACCAGGGAUUUGGUGGAUUCCCUUUCGAGGAGGAUUCCGACGGCUACCUAACAUUUCGGACUCCGCUUAUUGGCGGACGAGAAGAGGUGCCUUGGAUCUGUGUCGACGAAGACUUUGGCGAUCUAGUGCAUGGGAUCUUCCUCAAUCCGCUGCGAUGGAAUCGUCGCACAGUGCAGGCAGUGGGGGACAUUGUCUCCUUUGAGGACAUUGUGAACACGUUUAUUCGAGUGACUGAGAAAAAGGCGCGGUUUAUCGGGUACGAAGACCCAGCGCAAUUUCCGGCCUUUGACAAGCCAGAACUGAAGGAGUCAAGCGAUGUCUUCGCAUUUUACCAACUGAGACACGGAGAAAUCUUUGGAAACGGUAUUACUGAAUGUCGGACGGCACUGGAGCUGAAGCAGGCAGCCUUCAAGGCAAAAGGAAGCAAGGGACGUAAGAGACUGACAACUUGCGCGGAAUGGUUUACAGAACUAUACAACAGCCCGACAGGAAAGCCAUGCACGCUGGAUGCAUGUAGCAUGGAUACCAACUGA